AUGAGUUCUACGCCUUAGCCUUUGAUUUAAGAGACUUUUGCCUAUGGUCUUGUCCUAGGAUGUUCACUGUUCGGCAUCCUUUGGGGUACAGUCAACACACUACUCAUAAGGAGAGUAGAUAUGAAUGACCACUCUAAACUUAGAGGAGUUGGAGGAGACGAUGAGCAAAAAUCACUCAUGCACGGAGAUGAAGCUCCCAAUUCACAGAAUCCAUAAGCUCUCCUAGACUAAAUGAAACAUAUUUCAAAUCUUAUCGAAAAGGGCGCUAUUACCUUCUUAAGAUAGGAGUAUUUCUACCUAGGUAUCUUCUUAGCACUAUUUUCAGUCCUACUCGCCUGUACCGUAGAGCCAACUCUUGGUACUUUCUACACAACAACUGCCUUCAUUAUUGGAGGAGUCACAUCCAUCAUUUCUGGAUACAUCGGUAUGAGAAUUGCCGUGUACACCAAUGUAAGAACAACUAAAGAAAGUGCUACUGAUAUUCAAAAUGGAUUCAUAGUAGCCUACAGAGGUGGUUAAGUUCUCGGUUUCGUACUCGUCGGCCUUGCCCUCUUCAUUCUCCAACUUAUCAUCAUCAUCUACAAGGCUAUGUUCCUUAAAGGAAAGGAGACUGAUCUUGAAUAAGUCAGACUUAUGUUCGAGAUGAUUUCCGGAUAUGGUUUAGGAGGAUCAACUGUUGCUCUUUUCGGAAGAGUCGGUGGUGGUAUCUACACCAAGGCUGCUGAUGUUGGUUCAGAUCUUGCUGGUAAAGUCAACGAAGGUCUUGACGAAGACAGCCCAAAGAAUCCAGGCACUAUUGCUGACAAUGUUGGUGACAACGUUGGAGAUAUUGCUGGUAUGGGUGCUGACUUGUUCGGUUCUCUUGCUGAAGCUACUUGCGCUGCACUAGUCGUUGGAUCAACCAGUCAACAACUUUCUGAGGCUCCAAAUGCUGCAUAUUUCCCACUUAUGAUUACUGCUGUUGGUAUCCUCUGUUCAUUCGUGACCACAUUCUUCGCAACCAACUUUGCUCACGUCACCAAGGACAACGUCGAGUCAACUGUUAAAUGGCAACUCAUUAUCUCAACCAUUCUUAUGACUGCUGCCAUUAUUCCACUUCUUUACGUUCUACCAGAAGAAUUCAAAUUCCCAACCUUCGAGAGCCUAAACUCAACUGUUACUUGCACUCCAUGGAGAGCAUUUGCUUGUGUUGCCUCAGGACUCUGGUCAGGAUUCAUCAUUGGAUGGGUAACUGAGAUCUAUACUAGCAAUGCAUACUCACCAGUUCAAGAGCUCGCUGAAGCUUGCGUUAUUGGUGCUGCACCCAACAUUAUCCUUGGUCUUGCCCUUGGUUAUAUGUCAACCAUCAUUCCAAUCCUCUGUAUUGCUGGAACCAUCUACGUUUCAUUCACAUUCGCCUCAAUGUACGGAAUCGCCCUUGCUGCCCUCGGUAUGCUCGGAUGUCUCCCAAUUGCUCUCGCUAUUGAUGGUUAUGGACCAAUUUCUGACAAUGCUGGCGGUAUUGCCGAGAUGUCUGGUCUCCACAAGAGUGUAAGAGAGGCCACUGAUAAGCUUGAUGCUGCUGGAAACACCACUGCUGCUAUUGGAAAGGGAUUCGCUAUUGGAUCAGCUUGCCUUGUUGCUCUCGCUCUUUUCGGUGCCUUUGUUACUAGAUCAAAGCUCCCAUAAGUCAACAUUCUUCAACCACUUGAAUUCUCAGGUCUUUUAGUUGGUGCUAUGCUCCCAUACGCCUUCUCUGCCUUAACUAUGUCCGCAGUCGGACAAGCUGCCAAUGAGAUGAUUGUUGAAAUCACAAGACAAUUCAGAGCUGGUCUCAUCAAUGACAACGCCGAGCCAGACUACGAUAAGUGCAUUGCCAUUUCAACCAACGCUUCACUUAAAAAGAUGGUUGCCCCAGGUGUCCUCGUUAUUGGUUCCCCACUCCUUGUUGGUAUCCUAUUCGGACCCAGAGGAGUUUCAGGUCUUCUUGCUGGUGCUAUUGUCUCAGGAGUCCAAAUUGCCAUCUCAUUCUCCAACACUGGUGGUGCUUGGGAUAAUGCUAAGAAAUACGUCGAAAGUGGAGUCCACUCCAAGGUUCAUAGAGUUAAGGGAAAUGACAGCGAUUUCGUUUACCUUGAGAAGAGAACUGAAGCUCACAAAUCAGCUGUUGUAGGAGACACUGUUGGUGAUCCACUCAAGGACACUUCAGGCCCAUCCAUCAACAUCCUCAUCAAGCUCUCAGCUAUCACCUCACUCGUUUUCGCCGACUUCUUCUCAAAGAAGCACGUCUUUAAUUGA